CAGACAACCAUUCAGUAAGCAAACCAUAUGCCAAAAUAAUUCACCACGACCGAAUAAACAAUUCUAAUCAUCGCAACCUAUUUAGAAAUGUCGUCGAAAGGAAAGAAGCCCGCUACCAAGUCGGCCAUCGAGCAGGUCGUGUCCCGCGAGUACACCAUCCACCUCCACAAGCGUCUGCAUGGUGUUACCUUCAAGAAGCGCGCUCCCCGUGCUAUCAAGGAGAUCAAGGCAUUCGCGGAGAAGGCUAUGCAAACCUCCGAUGUCCGUCUCGACCCUCAACUGAACAAGAAGGUGUGGGAGCAGGGUGUCAAGGGUGUCCCUUACCGACUACGCAUCCGAAUUAGCCGACGACGAAACGACGAGGAGGAUGCGAAGGAGAAGCUCUACAGCUACGUCCAAGCCGUUAACGUUAAGAACCCCAAGGGUCUCGUGACGGUGGUCGUUGAGGAGUAAGGGAAAGCAAUGCAAAGGAAAAAGCAAUGUUUCGUUGAGAUACCGGCUGGGUUCGAGAAGGGCAUGGUUUCGGAGUUCCUUCUGGCUUCAUUACAUUAAGAUUCACUGAUUGAUGAAUCAAGAACCGUGAACAACACUUUUCUUAUUUGUUCACCCCAU